AUGGAAAAACAGGUUAAGGAAGAGAAGAAACUGGGGGAAGGACCUCAAAUAUCAAGGAUGAAGCCAGUGACAGAAGGUGCCUAUGGUGGUGGAAUGUACGCAACAGAGAAAGAUCAACAAGAAAAAGAAGUAAAACCGCCGGCUAGUGAUACUCAAAGUGCUGAUGGACCGGUUGAUAAGAACACUAUGAAACCCAUACACAAUCCUCCUGCUUCGUCUGGGGAUCGUGAUAUAGAUAUCACUGGCCUAUCCUAUAUUCAGUAA